GGAAAAUAUCAUCUUCUCCAAUCUUCUAUUCUCAUGAUUUUUAAGAGAUGAAAUCCAAAAGUUUGCCUAAGGUUACCUAAGGCUCUAUCAUCCUUGCUCCACAACAUCUCCUCUCCAAUCUACACUAUAAAAUAGCAUCCUAACCUCAGGCUUAUUCAAAACUUCUCAUCCACACAUCUCUCUCUCUCUCCCUUCUUCUAUCUCUCAUGGAGUUUCAUAAAUAUCUCUCCUUUAUGGCUAUCAUCUUGUUCCUCUUCCCCAACUAUGACAGAGUGUCAUCCAAAGAAAUGGAAGGGAAGUACAGCUAUAAGGUUGGGAGCAAGUAUGGACCAGAUCAUUGGGGAGACAUUCAUAGAGAUUGGGCGACAUGCAGCAAAGGAAAGAUGCAGUCUCCAAUUGAUCUGAAUGACAGAAGGGUUCAGCAUCUUCAUUAUUUAGGUGAUCUCAAUAGAAGCUAUCGUUCUGCUAAUGCUGUCAUCAAGAAUCGUGGUCAUGAUAUAAUGGUGAAGUGGGAGGAUGAUGCAGGAGAAAUUUGGAUAAAUGGAACUAAAUUUUCUCUUUUGCAAGUGCAUUGGCACACCCCUUCUGAACACACAAUUAACAAUCACAAGUAUGCAAUGGAGUUACAUAUGGUACAUCAACGAGCAAGUGACAAUAAAUUCGCUGUGGUGGCUAUCCUAUAUACAAUUGGCCGGCCCGAUACUUUUCUCACACAGAUGAUGAAAUAUAUAAAGUUGGUGAGUGAUAAGAGAGAGGUGGAGGUGAAGAUAGGGAUUGUUGACCCCAGAAACAUUAAGAGAGGUAGCAGGAGAUAUUACAGGUAUAUUGGAUCUCUCACCACUCCUCCAUGCACUGAAGGUGUCGUUUGGACCGUCAUUAGAAAGGUAAGAACAGUGUCCAAGGAACAGUUGAAAUUGCUGAAAGAAGCUGUAGAAGAUGGAUAUGAGAAGAAUGCGAGGCCGUCGCAGGGCAUAGAUGGUAGGGUGGUUCAACUUUAUCAGCCUAUAAAUCGAUAUUAAAUGUUUUUAAAUAAAUAUGGACAUAUAUAUUAAUUAAUCAUGUACUUAUAAUGCGGAUAUUUCAUAUGUUGUAUUGCGAAUAAUGGCCAGACAUGUUUUGAAACCUAACAGUCCUUCAAUGCCAAAGAAAUCAAGUGAUGUUACCAAACUAAAGAAAUAAUUGUGGCGUAUCUUAAGCAACAUGCUUUUGAAAAUGGAGGGGGAUGGAUGGUUUGUGCCCUUAAUAGUUGUUGAAGUGAAUCAAGAUAUGAUUUUAUGGUACAACAAUGUUUGGG